UCUCCCUUCAAGUUUUGACCUCGGCUCAUCGAGGCGCAUCGCCGCUAUCGACCCAUUGUUGCGUUGAAACUGCUGUCGCGCUGCGGCUCAUGUAGAAACUCUGCUCUCCGCGCUCACGACGUAUGACAAACCAGAAUCGAACCAUCCGUCAAAUCGGCGCAAGGGAGAGUAAAGAACGGGACGUCUCGGAUUGAUUCGCAGGUUUUUCUUAUUCAGUGUGCUUUGACGUUACCAUCUCACAUCUCAUUUUUCAUCUAAUCGCCGUUUCCCGUAUGCCGCGAAAGACGCUGGCUGACUGGUACCCAUUCAUUCCUACCAGAACGUCCCAUGUCCGAAUCUGCUUUCUUUUUUACUUUGCACCUACCGCCCGGUCGACAUACCUUUAAUAGGCGCCUAUUUGCUUUCUCUGCCCGAUCUUGCCCUUUCUCAACACUCACAACCGCGUCUCUGCCUUCGCGCCCAGUCCUCUGACAAGUGUCACACGAUACGAGCCCUCGCCUAGCUGCCCCAAAGAGGAUUUGACUUGGCUUCUCGAGUCAGCCGCCAGCCAACCCGCCACACCAAAUGUCAGACUAUGGUCAGGAUGAAUGGCAUGGCAGUCGAGGCGCCGUGCUCACCAUGUGGCCAGAGUCCGUCACUCCAUCCUUGCCCAGAAGUCUCUUCCCAGAUUGAAAGAGUCGCCCGUUUCGAUCCGGCCAUCUCAAGUUUCAGGUUGGAACUUCUAGAACGUAUUCUGUUCAACCCAACUUGACGACCCACAACGGACGCCGUCAAAACUCGCAAGCUGUCCUAUUAUCGACAAGCGCCGAUUCUCGAAACAAGGAACCUCGUGGCGGAUGGUUGCCCUCCUGCUCCAUUUCUCGCCCCUUUGCGAAGUUAGAAUUUGGGAGGGUCACUGACAGCUGUCCCUGACGCCCGAAGCACCGUGACGGAAGUCAGAAUCCAGCGUUAUUCAAGGACAGUGCAGGCUUUUUUUCCCUCUCUUUCUGCUUGCCGUACACUCACGGAAAGGCGUAACUUCUCUCCGUCUAUUAUUAUAGGGAUGGCAGCUGCAGGCCGAUGGCACAUCUCAUGUAGUCUUUUCUUUUUCCCGCAACCGAUGGAUCUGGCUUUUCCUGGGCCGUAUACGAGAACAUCGUCUACGCAUGGCCGGAACCAUGGGUGUUCUAUGGCUGAUUCCACGACCCAAGCCUCUUGGGUCCUGGGCCGUUGUCUACAGCAAACGAAGAAGACGACGAAACACCGGUCCCUUCCCCAGUCCACUGCGCAUAAGCGCAUUACUACAGUUCUCUACCUUAUCGCCUUUAGGCUACCGAAGAGAAAUCAUCAAGCCAUGCCUCGGCUCACGGGAUCCUCCGUAUGAUCUCCGAUAAACGACAUCGACCAGGUUACAUGCCGGGCACGCUGUGCGUAGGGGGAAGGAUAUCCAACCAGCAGCACGCUGUGGAGUGGGCUACCCGAUGGCUUGGCUGCCACAUCCCAGGAGACCUGUAACCGUGCUUUCGCCAGAAAGGGAGCUGCGAUUUCCCAAAACGGACAGACUUGCGAUUCAGGAUAUCCCACACUCGACCUGCGCCUCAGGAGACACCUUCCCAUCGGUAUCCAGAUGCAUCGUACUCCGUACAACGGCAAGGGACAUCGUUCUGGUGGUAGCGGUAUCCCGCCUGACCUGUGCGCUUUGAGAGAUGCGACUGGCUGAAUCGGGUUGGGAGCCAAGGAGACGAGUGUGACAUGCAAGGAAACGCCCCCCCCCCCCCCCGAGACGAUGGCCGAGGUUUUUUCUCGCUCUAGUCUUCAUCUCAUCAUCAGCAGCCGAACGGCGUGGUUUGACGUGCAGAAACUUUGUAUAAAAGGUUGCUGCAGGAACCCGUUGACCUGCAUUCGUCUCAUCGUUACCGGCAGCAACGUCAAAAAGAAGAUCCGAAGCAGCCAAUCGUCUAAGCCCAGGAGGCAGUCCUUUCACUUCAUCUAGCGAUCUGGUUUCGGUCUGCACUACGAGUCGUAUUUACACUUUGUCUUUUCUUCCCAAAUUAUUCCUUUUGAAAAAACGUUCAUCUCAUCCCAGACACGAUGAAGUUCCUCAACGUUCUCGCUCUCGCGUCCGUCGCGGCCGCUUUUCCCACCCUCUCGGACACGUCCAUCAACGACGUCGACGUCCGCGAGCUCGAGGCCCGCGAACUCGAGGCCCGGCAGCGCACCGGGCGCGUCGGGUCGACGGCCAAGGAGUUCACGGAGGGCGGAUGCAAGGACGUCAUCAUGUUCUUCGCGCGCGGGUCGACCGAGGUGGGAAACAUGGGCACGGUGUGCGGCCCGCCGACGGCCAACGGCGUCAAGGCCAACUUCCAGAGCGUGGCGGUCGAGGGCGUCGACUACGCGGCCGGGCUCGCGACCAACACGCUUCCCGGCGGGGCGGACCCGCGGGGCAUCGCCGAGAUGAAGAGGCUCAUCGCGCAGGCCAACGCCGACUGCCCCAACUCGAUGCUCGUCGUGGGCGGGUACAGCCAGGGGGCGGCGCUCACGCACCGGGCGGUGGAGGACCUGCCGCAGGCGCAGAAGGACCAGAUCGUGGCGGCCUUCACGUUCGGCGACACGCAGAACCUCCAAGACGGCGGCAGGAUCCCGAACUUCCCUCCGGAGGAUACCAAAAUCAUCUGCGCGGCGGGCGACGCCGUCUGCCGGGGCACGUUGACGAUCCUCCCGGCCCACCUGUCAUACGGCAGGAACGCGGACGAGAUGGCGGACUUUAUCUCACAGAAGCUCACGGCUGCGGGUGCACAGAGGCGCAAGUAGGGUUAUGCAUGAUGGCCAUGGCUGUGGCGUGGGCUGAGGACAUCUGGGUACGAUCAGGU